AGAAGUUUUUUAUUAUUAUUGUGACAGCACUCGGAGCACAUCCUAUCCUAUAAUAUAAUAUAUAUGUGUGAUGUUUAUGUGUGAUUUGCCAGUGAUUAUGUCAUCCAACGAGACCAACAACAUUGAUCAGCACCUGAGGCAUCACCAUCUCAUCGUAUGCUAAAAAUUGUUUGGACAGUGAUUUCAACUUUAACAACAUAAUAAUGAUACCAAAUAUGAGUGAUAACAGCCGUGAUGGUGGCAACGAUGUGGAUACCGGCACCAUUGCUGAACAAUUGAUCAGAAAUUUCAGCACCUAUUGGGCACCGGCAGCCUGGCUCAGCACUGAAGCCAAUGUGACGCCACCGGCGCUCAUCAACUGUAGUGAUUUGUGGACGAAUUCAGUCCAGAUUCUGGACUGUAUUACGUCAGUCAACUGUCGUAAUUAUAGCUGCAAUGAUAGUCAUAUAAAUUAUUUUAGUGAUACCAUCGCCAAUGAUGACAACAUAUCAGUGCCGAUCAUAUUGAGUACAUUAGAUAAUCAGUCGACCAUUACGGCGUCAGCCAUCACCACAUUAGCCACACCAGUGAACAGUACUAAAGUAGUAACGACUAUAAUAUUAGAGCCCGAUCUUCGUAUACACCAUCCAUUUUUGGCCAUCAUUUUGGCCAUUAUUUGUGUUAUUGUUGUUUUCGGCAAUGCAUUAACAAUGCUCAGUGUCUAUCGGGAACGUUACUUACAUACUGUGACCAACUAUUUUGUUGCCUCAUUAGCCGCAGCCGACUGUCUGGUCGGUGCCAUUGUUAUGCCUUUCUCAGUUGUCCACGAAGUCAUGAACAAAUGGUGGAUAUUUGGACAGGACUGGUGUGAUUUAUGGCACAGUUUUGAUGUAUUGGCCAGUUCGGCAUCCAUUCUCAAUCUAUGUGUCAUUUCGUUAGAUCGAUACUGGGCUAUCACUGAUCCGAUGACAUAUCCAUCUCGUAUGACACCCAAUAAAGCGGCCAUUUUUAUAGCAUUUCUGUGGAUCUGUUCGGCGCUGAUCUCAUUUCCAGCUAUACUCUGGUGGAGAGCCGUACAAAAGGAACCGGUACCACCAUUUCGAUGUUUAUUUACUGACGAUGUCGGUUAUCUAGUAUUUUCAUCUACGAUCUCGUUUUACGGACCACUAAUGGUUAUGGUGUUUACCUAUUAUCGUAUUUAUGUGGUGGCCAGCAAACAGACCCGUAGUCUAAAACUGGGCGCCAAACAGAUAAACUCGUCCAGCGAUACGUUGGGCAACAAUAAUGCAAUUACACUGCGAAUGCAUAGGGGCGGCAAAAAUGUGACAAACAAUAGUAAUAACCAAACAAUGGUUGGACAGCAUAUAUGUCGACCAAAAUAUUCCGGUGAUUCCGGUUCUGAUGAACACAAUCACGAGUUUAUCAGCGGAACCGAUGAAAACGGUUUAGAAAAGUGUUCAUCAAUUAGAUCGAGAAAUAUGAAGACUAAUUGGUCGGUUGGUAGAAGAUUAGCCAAAUUAGCCAAAGAGAGAAAAGCGGCCAAAACUUUGGGAAUAGUAAUGGGAGUCUUCAUACUUUGUUGGAUGCCUUUUUUUGUAACCAAUAUAUUGAUGGGCAUCUGUGCCGAGUCGUGUGUCUUUGAGCCCGACCUACUGUUAUCAGUGGUCACCUGGUUGGGUUGGCUUAACAGUGCAAUGAAUCCGGCCAUAUAUGCCUGUUGGUCGCGGGACUUUCGGCGAGCCUUUCGUAGGAUACUCUGUUCGUGUUGUAUAUCUAAACGGGACAGACAUAACAAUCGGCUGAAACACAAUCGAUUCAGUUAUGUGGCCAAAGAUGGCAAACAUGGAUACCCUAAGCACAGGUCCAAUGAGGAAAUAGUUCUCAACAGUAUAGAGGCCAGCGUUACGCACAACCAUACAUGCGAUGACCACACAAAUGGACUUAGAAUUAGUGAAACACUUCCCAUAUGACAAACACAGAGACAUUAAAAGACAACUCGAUGUCAAAUAUUAAAAUCUAAUGGACUCUAGAGAACUGACUACCAGUGCUCACAUUGUUUGUCUGUAAUAAUGGGUCACAAAUAAGUUCAUACACUUACAUAUACAGACAGACCAACCGUUUUUUUUGUUGUUGAGU